AUGCAUACCGCGGUCGGCACCCGAAGAUUAAAUGAAAUUUGGCAGAGCGGACAAUUAAAAGAAGUUAAUAUUCCUGCUAAUGCCAAAUGGGCACAGAACGGAGUCACGAUUGCUGGAGGUAACGGGGAUGGGGAUGCCACUAAUCAACUCCGCAGCCCUGGAGGUCUCUUUGUUGAUGAUGAUGAUCAAACAGUGGUCAUUGCUGACUACAGGAAUCAUCGUAUCAUGCAAUGGAAAAACGGUGAUACAACGAAUGGACAUGUUGUUGCUGGUGGCAAAGGCCAAGGAAAUGGAUUACAUCAAUUGUAUUGGCCAACUGAUGUAUUAAUUGACAAAGAGACGGAUAGUCUCAUUAUUUGUGAUCGAGAGAAUCGACGAGUUGUACGAUGGUGUCGUCGUAGUGAUACAACACAAGGUGAAAUACUCAUCGACAACAUCCUAUGUUGGGGAUUAGCAAUGGAUGAGCAGAGAUAUCUCUACGUUUCUGACGUCGAAAAACAUGCAGCGAGACGAUAUCAAUUGGGUGAGAAGAAUGGCACUGUCGUAGCUGGUGGAAAUGAUAGAGGUAAUGGACUCAAUCAACUCAACGUGCCGAGAUAUCUCGUUGUCGAUCGACAACAGAAUGUCUAUGUAUCAGACGAACACAAUAAUCGUGUAAUGAAAUGGGUGGAAGGUGCAAAAGAGGGUAUUGUGGUCGCUGGAGGACAAGGUGAAGGGAAUGCUCUGACACAAUUGUCUUCUCCUAAUGGAAUCUUCGUUGAUACGUUGGGUACACUCUAUAUUGCAGAUACGGGGAAUCAUCGUGUAAUGCGUUGGACUCAAGGAGACAAGAAACAAGGCACUGUAAUUGUGGGUGGAAGUCAUCGAGGAGAAGAAGCAAAUCAGUUCCAGUUCCCCGCUGGUUUGUCUUUCGAUCGACAUGGUAAUCUGUAUGUCGUCGAUGCAGGUAAUAAGCGUGUUCAACGAUUUUCUAUCGAAUAA